UCAGAUGACUGGUAAUUCAUUGGUGAUCACAGGUUAAGAAUGUUGUAAAUCUUGAAUAUCGAACAGGGAAAGAUCUUCGACAACACUCGUCUUCAGGUCUUCGUCUCUCCUUUCCGCAACUCUGAUCACACUCGUCUUCAGGUUUCGAUUCAGAGAUUACUGUGUUGAGCAUAAGUCUUGUUGCUUUUCAGGCAACUUACGAAAAAGGAACCGAUGAAGAGAUUGCUGAGUUUAUUUACCAGACCUUGGAUGUGAAUGGCAAUGGGGUCUUGACAAGUCCGAUUUAGAGUUGGUCUUGGUGGUGAUCUUCAAGAGUGUGUUCUCCACUAAGAGCUCUGAUGUGGAAUCAAGUGAUUACAGUGAGAUGGUGGAUUCACUCCUCAAUGCCGCUUCUUUCUCGAAAUCCGAUGAUGCUUCUAAUAAAGGAAUGUCUUUUGAGGAUUUCAGAAGCUGAUGCUCACACGUUCCAACUAUCAAAAAGUUUCUCGGAAGCCUGCUUAUGCCCCCGGGUCCAGCGAGACCACCGGGAUAUCAAGUCCCGCAUCUGGUUUAUGAGGAUAGUUUGGAUUCAAAUAUACCCUUGGCAUAUCGGAGGAGCUCUUCCUCACCACGAGCUUGCAGAGUGGAAACUGCUGUAUCACAGUUCCUUACACGGUCAAAGCUUUAACACAUUCCUCGGACACACAUCACACACUGGUAUGUCUGCGUCGGUUUUAAUCAUCAAAGAUAGAGAAGGUUGUCUGUAUGGAGGAUACGUCUCUCAACCUUGGGAGAGAUACAGUGAUUUCUACAGAGACAUGAAGUCUUUUCUUUUCCAGUUAAACCCUAACGCAUCUAUUUUUAGACCAACUGGAGCAAACACCGACAUUCAAUGGGUAUGCCUCUACAGACACUCUGUUACUACUAUAUGUGAGAAUGUGAUUAGAUGCAUAUUCUAACAUAUGUAAAAACAUGGGCUGUGUGCGACCAAUUUCACAUCGGAGAACAUUCCAAACGGCAGAGGAUUUGGAGGAAAAGUCCAUCACUUUGGUCUGUUUAUAUCCGCAGGCUUCGAUCAAGGCCACUCGUUUUCCUGCACGACAUUUGGUAGCCCGAGUCUCUCCAAGACAAGCUGAACACAGCCAGAAGUGAUAGAAUGCUGGGGUUUCAGGCCUCAAAGGAACUAGACACUCAAUCAAACGCCAUGAAAGGCACUGUUCUUGACAGGUUUUAAGAAGAUCGCAAUAUGCUCCAGCUAGUCGGCAUGGCAGGCAAUUCGAAUGAGUGAAAAACAAAAAACAAAAAAGGAUUUUGGUUCUGAGAUUCUAUCUUACACAAUGUGUGCGUGUGCAAAUACAUUAUGUGUAUCAUAAAUAGUAUUUCACACAUUUUCAAGGUUGAAGCUUAUGUUUGAUGACCAAUGUGAAGUACCCAGGUCGCGCCUAUGGGUAUAGAAAUAAAACAUUGGUCUUCGGCCCAUUUUCUAA